AUGGCUGGUAAGGAACUUCGUUUCGACAAUAAAGUCGUUGUGGUCACAGGUGCUGGCGGUGGCCUUGGAAAAGCUUAUGCUUUGUUCUUCGCUUCCCGAGGCGCCAGUGUCGUCGUCAACGACUUGGGGGGUUCUUUCAAGGGUGAGGGUGCAUCAUCCAAGGCCGCUGACCUCGUCGUUGAAGAAAUCAAAGCUGCCGGCGGCAAAGCUGUUGCCAAUUAUGACUCGGUCGAAAAUGGAGAAAGGAUUAUUGACACAGCAGUAAAGGCGUUUGGUACCGUCCAUAUCUUAAUAAACAAUGCCGGUAUCCUACGCGAUAUCUCCUUCAAAAAUAUGAAAGAUGCCGACUGGGAUCUUAUUAUCAAGGUGCACGUAGAUGGCUCUUACAAGUGUGCCAAAGCCGCAUGGCCUCACUUCAGAAAACAGAAGUACGGAAGAAUAAUAAAUACAUCAUCAGCUGCUGGCCUCUUUGGAAGCUUCGGCCAGUGCAAUUACUCUGCUGCAAAGCUCGCUUUGGUUGGUUUCAGCGAAACUCUUGCUAAGGAGGGCGCCAAGUACAAUAUCUUCUGCAAUGCGAUAGCCCCCGUCGCGGCAUCACGUAUGACACAAACUGUGAUGCCAGAGGAAGUCCUCACGAAUCUCAAACCCGACUGGAUCGUGCCAGUUGUGGCUUACCUCGUACACGAUUCCAAUCAAACUGAAAAUGGUGGCAUCUUCGAAGCUGGUGCAGGUCACGUUGCAAAGCUCCGAUGGGAGCGCUCUAAGGGUGCUGUUUACAAAACAGAUAGCACCAUGACACCUGGGGCUAUCCUAAAGAAAUGGGACCAGAUCACAGAUUACUCGGCUCCAUCUUAUCCCGAUGGCCCAGCGGACUUCAUGGACCUUCUCGAGCAGUCCAAGUCAAUUGGACCAAACGCCCAAGGUCCGGCGAUCGAUUUCAAAGACAAGGUUGUUUUGGUGACUGGGGCUGGUAGUGGUCUCGGUCGAGCUUACGCUCUCCUCUUCGGCAAACUCGGCGCCAAAGUUGUGGUUAAUGAUCUCGUAAAUCCAGAUAAUACCGUUAACGAAAUACGGGCGGCUGGGGGUACCGCCGCUGGAAACAAGAGUUCAGUAGAAGACGGUGAAGCUGUUGUCAAAUCUUGUGUCGAUGCUUUCGGUGCCGUUCACAUCAUUAUCAACAAUGCUGGUAUCCUCCGUGACAAGUCGUUCCAGGGUAUGACAGACGAACAGUGGAAGAUCGUCAUGGAUGUCCAUCUCCGGGGAACUUACAAAGUCACAAAGGCAGCUUGGCCCAUUAUGCUUGCUCAGAAGUACGGUAGAAUCGUCAAUACAACAUCAACAAGCGGUAUCUACGGAAAUUUUGGCCAAGCAAAUUACGCAGCGGCGAAACUAGGUAUACUGGGGUUCUCCCGUGCCCUCGCUAGAGAAGGGCAAAAGUACAACAUCUUUGUCAAUACAAUCGCUCCUAAUGCAGGUACAAAUAUGACCCGCACAGUCAUGCCAGAAGAAAUUGUUCAAGCCCUCAAGCCCGAUUAUAUUGCACCUCUUGUCGCCCUCCUUUCGUCCGAUCACUGCCCCGACCCGACUGGAGGCCUGUACGAAGUCGGAUCGGGCUGGGUUGGAAAGACCAGGUGGCAGAGGAGCGGCGGCCACGGGUUUCCCAUCGAUAAGCCCCUAACUGUAGAAGAUGUUGCUACCCAAUGGAACAGGAUCUCUAGCUUCGAGGAUGGCCGUGCGGAUCAUCCUGAAUCCGCCCAGGAUGCCUUGAGCUCAAUCAUGAAGAACUUGUCCAAUAAAUCUGGCUCUGAGAGCGGAGUAGGAGAUUCUGACUAUUUGAAGGCCAUUGAGGCAGCAAAGGCCGCCAAAGCUGCCGGUUCUGAAUUCGUCUUUGAUGACAGAGACGUGAUUCUCUACAACCUCGGCCUCGGGGCAAAGAGAACGGAUCUCAACCUGGUAUUCGAAAGUGCAGACAAGUUUGAAGUCCUUCCAACAUUUGGCGUUAUCCCUCCAUUCAAUGCCGCGACCCCGUACAGCUUUGACGAAAUCGUCCCUAACUUUUCUCCCAUGAUGCUUCUCCAUGGUGAGCAGUACCUUGAAAUCAAGAAGUACCCAAUCCCAACAUCGGGCACGUUCGUAAACUAUCCUAAGCUCGUCGAGGUUAUUGAUAAGGGAGCCGCUGCUGUCGUUGUCGCCGGUGUCACUACCAAGGAUGCCGCCACUGGCGAAGAUGUCUUCUACAAUGAAUCUUCUAUCUUCAUUCGGGGAUCCGGCGGCUUCGGGGGUAACUCUAAGGGCACUGACCGUGGAGCUGCCACUGCGGCAAACAAGCCUCCUACAAGAAAACCAGACGUUGUAGUCGAGGAGAAAACAACUGAAGAACAGGCUGCUUUGUAUAGAUUGUCAGGCGACAGAAACCCUCUCCAUAUCGACCCCGAGUUCUCCAAAGUUGGUGGAUUCAAGACACCAAUUUUACACGGCCUCUGUUUCUUCGGGAUCUCGGGAAAGCAUGUGUAUAACAAGUUCGGGCCGUUCAAGAACAUCAAAGUCAGGUUCGCUGGAACCGUUCUCCCAGGACAGACUCUUAGGACGGAGAUGUGGAAGGAGGGCAAUAAGGUUAUUUACCAGGUUGUCGUCGUCGAGACUGGCAAAUUGGCCAUCUCGAGUGCUGCAGUUGAGCUCGUUGGCUCGUCUCAAAGCAAAUUGUAA